AUGUGCCACUUUCGGGUCUCCUCACACUGCUGCCAGGUCCAUACUGAUUCAUGGCCCCCUGCCUCUGUAUGGCCUUCAAUUUAAGCUGCUUACGCUUCGCCACUCUGCCAUGGGCCCCUGUACCGCCUCCUCUUGCUGCUGCCAGGUCCAGAGUGUGUCAUGGGUCCCUGUACGGCCUCCCAUUGCUGCUGACUUCAUCACCAGACUCUGCCAUGCGCCACUUUCAGGUCUCCUUACACUGUUGGUGGGUUCCAUUUUGUGAUAGGGUGCUGUAUGGCCUUCCAUUGCUGCUGCCUCCACCGCCACCCUGCGCCAUGUGCCUC